AUGGAUCUCGAUCCUCCACAAAGCAGUGACAACAUGUUGCCAGAACCAGAACCAGCUGAACUAGAUAUCGACCUUUCUCAGUUAGAGGAUAUAGAUGCACGUCGACAGCAAACCGUAUCGAAAGCUCUCUAUGCGCGAAGCGUUUUGGCUCUACGGAACAAUGUCCCUACGACUUCCCUCCCCAACGAUACGGCAGCACGUCCCUCGGUUCCUGCACCGUCAAUAAUUCGCACAGCACCUGCUCCUUUCGACAAUCAGCUUUUUGUGAGCCAGCCGGCGGACAAUACCCUUGGUGAUGAUAAGAUUGGGCAACUUCAGCAAUUUGUAGCUUCUCAGAAUGGGAAUGUGAGCGAAAGCAAUUGUCUCGCAGCCAUACCCCAGGAGCAAGAACAGGUAUCAACUGAAACUUUGAGUGGUGCGACGGCCGUUGAGAAUCUGAUGAAUCUGGAUGAGCCACAACCUGUGGUGGCCUCAUCGUCGGAAUCCUCUGGAGCCCCUGACGCCCCUGCUAUUACAGGGAUCCAGGGAUCGGUUGACGAAAAUGUCGCGUCUGAAUGGCCUGAGGUCCAGGACGAAGAUUCUACAGGGUUUGAUAUUAUCCAGUCAUGGUACAAUACCCUUGAAAAUCCGAGCCUCGAGGAAACAGUCCAGUACGAAAAAGCAAAGCAGAAAGAGUCUCGGCGCCUGGAGAGGAUUGCCAGCCGGAAGGCUCUGGAACAACGCCAGGCAGAACAGACCCCUGAGACUUUUCUAGAUUUCUCUGAUGAUGAGCUGCUCGACUCGUCGGUUGGACCAUUACCCGAAGACACUGGUAAGCGCUCAGAUAUGGCAUCUGCAAAUCGACCUUCAAAAGGCCCACGAAAGCAGAAGAAUAGGGUCUCUGCUGCAGAAAGACGCAGAAGUAUGCAGUUAGGUCUCGAAAUUGCCUUAGGACGUGUUUCAAGGAAGAAAGGUCCCGGGAAAAAGAGCUCUCGAAAGCGAAAGGUAGAUGACAGCAAUGGGGAUGUUCCAGCCAACAGGAACAGAAGCAAGAACAAUUUGAAAGAUACGGAAUUUGAUCUAGACGCAUUUCUCAAUCCCGAUGUUAUCGCAGACGCUCAAGCAAACGCUGGGCUUCCAGCAAUUCCAAUAUCUAAUUCCAAAAACAAGGAAACUGCACUCACCGAACUUGUCGCUAGCAUCCCUUCUGCCGAUCAGCAACAGGCAAAGUCCGACAAGCAGGCAAUCCUCGACGCAACCACAAAGUUCAGGAACAAAGCAAGAUCUGAUGGUAAGGGCGGAUGGAGGAUCAAGGGCAUGAAGACUAGUCUCUUCCAUCAUCAGCUUCUCGGCGUAGCAUUCAUGCGGGAUCGGGAGGAUUCGAGCAGUCCACCCUUUGGGGGUUUUCUUUGCGACGUUAUGGGUUAUGGCAAAACCAUCCAGGCUUUAGCCAAUAUUGUCGAUGGAAGAUGCAUUGACCCAGACGAUCCCGUUAAAACGACAUUGAUAGUCGUUCCACCUCAUCUCGUCAAGCACUGGGAGGACCAAGUCGUCAAGCACUGCGAGAAGGACGCCGUUGGUGAGGUUAUUACAUACUGUGCUCAGAACAGACUGCGUACCCUCGACGUUAUUCAAGGUCUGCAGAAGUACAGUGUCAUAAUUACGACUUAUGACGAGGUCAGGCGCUCGUAUCCACGGCUGGAGCGCAAAGGUGAGGUUGUCGAUGAAAAUAUGAUUAUUGAGAUGUGGAAGGAACUCUAUACCAAAGAAGUUGGGCCAUUACAUCAAAUCAAGUUCUUGAGGAUCAUCCUUGACGAGGGGCAUUCGAUCAAGAACCAUCUUGCCUCUACGUCAAUCGCUGUCCGUGCACUCACUGGCCAUCACAAAUGGAUUUUGAGUGGGACGCCAGUGCCUAACUUCAUUACUGAGUUCUAUCCGCACUUCGAUUUCCUGGAGUAUCCGGACACGAAUGAUUACAGUCAGUUCGUGAAACGCUAUUGCGAGGACGACGAAGCCCGACGGCGCCUUCGAAAUCUAUGUCGAACAUAUCUCCUCCGUCGGACGCAUUCUGAUCGGCUCUUCUCAUUGCCCAUCAUCAAAUUACCUGAUAUCGACAGGUCAGUCAUCAAGGUAGAUUUCUGUGAAGUAGAAAGAAGAAUUUACAAUGAGGUGCUUGAGCUGUUCAUUUCAAAUAUCAAUGGUCUCAGCGAUGACACGAAUCCGCGUCUGGCCCAGUGUCGAAGCUUUCUCACUAUGAUGAUGAAAUUAAGAAUGAUCUCUAAUCAUUUGCUCACGACUCAAGAUCUCGUCAAGGCGCUAUUGACCCCGUCACUUUUGAGAGAUCUUGUUGAGGUUGCGAGAGAAACAAGAGAUCCUGACCAUCAUUCAAACCAGAUAACAAAAUGGUUUGUCACUCUGAAGAAAGGUGUCUCUCUGUCUGCCGCACAUCCAGAUCACGAAGAUCCGAGCCAGUCAAGGAGUGAACUUAACGGAGACAGAGAAGAGCUUGUCAAGCAAUUUCACAAGUUUACUACAGAGCUUCACGAGAACGGGCAAUGGGUUGAGCGGUUGAGAAGGACCAGCUGCGCAAAAUGCGAGUUAACUCCAAUAGGCCCAAUCAUCACCAGCUGCAUGCAUCUGUAUUGCGAAGAAUGCUAUUUUGUUCUCAAAAAUAGUCUCAAUUCUGCAGAUGGGAAGCCAAUAUGUCAAAUAUGCAACAACCCUAUCGCGGAGGCUGCAUAUUGCGGCACUGCCGAACCUAUUGUACUCGAUGAGCCGUCGGUCCCUUCUAGUUCGACUCAGAACAACACCAGAAGGACCAAACCAUCUUCUCAGAAAAAAUCAAGCAGAUUGUUUGGCACUGGGAUGUUCGCAACCCCCGCACAACGACGAUCACGGUUAAGGCAAACGCGUGAUGAACAGCAGAAUGAAGACGAGGAGAUAGAUUGGAUUUUAGCCAGUCAAGGGGAAAUGCCUGGUGCAAAGGUUGCUAAGGUGCGGGAGCUGGUCGCUAAGUGGAUUCGAGAAGAUCGAGACGCCAAAGUUGUUGUUUUCACGCAAUUCCUUGACUUUGUUCGGAUUUUUUCCAUCAUAUGUUCCAAGGAAAAGUGGACUCACUGUUGUUUGACAGGAAAGAUGUCAAUCGGCACUCGCGACCUGAGUAUGAAGGACUUCAGGGAGAAGCCAGAAGUGAAAGUGAUGAUUGCAAGUCUCAUGGCCGGUGGUACAGGGCUCGAUAUGUCCAUGGCAAACAAAUGUAUCCUUGUGGAUCUCUGGUGGAAUGAAGCCAUGGAGCAGCAGGCAUUCUGUCGACUGUACAGAAUAGGGCAAGAGAAAGAGGUGGAGAUUGUCAAAGUCAUCGUCCAGAACACUAUUGACGACUAUAUCCUCCAGCUACAAACGAAGAAGUCGGCGAACAUCAACAGCACUAUUGGUGAAGAAGCAUUGCAGAAACGAGACACGAUACUUGACCUUCUUGAAAUGUUCGCAGAAUUCGAGGUGCAAGAGAACGGUGGUAUCAGAGUCCAGGUGCCCGGCAAGGGGAAACAAGCCGACAAAGGCAACAGAGGCAACAAAGGCAACAGAGGCAACAAAGGCAACCAGCAAGGCACUGCGAAACGAUACAAGGGCAAAGACCGCGAUACAGGCUAUACAGGCAUUGGCUUUUCAACUUAG